AUGACCAUCGGCAGCAGCAUGAGCAGCGGGUACUGUAGCUUGGAUGAAGACCUCGAGGAUUGCUUUUUCACAGCAAAAACCUCUUUCUUCCGGAGCACACCGAACAAGGUCUCUGCCAAGAAUGUGGCACAAACAGUAGAAGAAGAAAAACCCAAGCCUCCGACCAUCCAGGAGAUCAAACAGAAAAUAGAAAAAUACAAUGCAAAAGUUACAAACUGCCUGUUGAUGAAGCUGAACGACGACGGGACCUACACAGGUUUCAUUAAAGUCCAUUUGAAACUGCGCCGCCCCGUGACGGUACCGGCAGGGAUCCGGCCGCAGUCCAUCUACGAUGCCCUCAAGGAGGUGAACCUGGCCGAUAUGACGGACAAGAGAACCUCGUUCUACUUGCCGCUGGACGCCAUCAAGCAGCUCCACAUCAGCAGCACGACCACGGUGAGCGAGGUGAUCCAGGGGCUCCUGAAGAAAUUCAUGGUGGUGGAUAAUCCUCAGAAGUUUGCACUUUUCAAGGAGAUGCGGAAGGAUGGGCAAGUGCUCUUCCAGAAGCUCCCUCUCACCGAGUACCCCCUGUACCUCCGGCUGCUGGCGGGCCCCGACACAGAUGUGCUCAGUUUUGUGCUGAAGGAAAACGAAACAGGGGAAGUUGAGUGGGACGCAUUCUCCAUCCCAGAGCUACAGAACUUCUUGAUGAUACUGGACAAAGAAGAAAAGGACAAAAUCCAGCAAGUGCAAAGGAAGUACGAGAAGUUUAAACAGAGACUGCAACAGACCUUGAAAGAGGCCAGAGGCAAGCCUGGAUAA